GCCGCCGCAUUCUGGUGAGAGGAGCUUUCGGCAAGCUUCAGUCCUGACGGAUACACUGCACCGCCAGCCCACCACCACGAACCCGCCCCUCGAAGCUCAACUCGGAUAGCCCGCGAUACCCUCCAGCGGACUUGAGACGCCCCCUCCUUGUAACGCAAACGAAACCCCAGCCACAUUUCCAUCCGCCAUCCGACAUAAUGGCUCAAGCUCUGGGCUUUGCGUACCGCAUGGCCGUCCCUGCGGCCAUUGGUAUCGCGGUUGUGCAGUCGUCAAUCUACGAUGUCAAGGGUGGAUCCAGAGCAGUCAUCUUUGACAGGAUGUCCGGUGUCAAGGACGCCGUCAUCAACGAGGGCACGCACUUCCUCGUGCCGUGGCUGCAGAGGAGCAUCAUCUUUGACGUGCGGACGAAGCCGAGAAACAUCGCGACGACGACGGGCAGCAAGGAUCUCCAGAUGGUCAGCCUGACCCUCCGUGUGCUGCACCGGCCCGAAGUCCAGGCCCUCCCUAAGAUCUACCAGAACCUCGGCCAAGACUACGACGAGAGAGUCCUCCCCUCCAUCGGAAACGAGGUCCUCAAGUCCAUCGUCGCCCAGUUCGACGCCGCCGAGCUCAUCACCCAGCGCGAGGCCGUCUCCCAGCGCAUCAGCUCCGACCUCCGCAAGCGCGCCGCCGAGUUCAACAUCGCCCUCGAGGACGUCUCCAUCACGCACAUGACCUUCGGCAAGGAGUUCACAAAGGCCGUCGAGCAGAAGCAGAUCGCCCAGCAGGACGCCGAGCGCGCGCGCUUCAUCGUCGAAAAGGCCGAGCAGGAGCGCCAGGCCAACGUCAUCCGCGCCGAGGGCGAGGCCGAGUCCGCCGAGACGAUCAGCAAGGCCAUCGCCAAGAACGGCGACGGCCUCGUGCAGAUUCGAAAGAUUGAGGCCGCGCGGGACAUCGCGGCGACGCUGUCGUCGAAUCCGAAUGUCGCGUACUUGCCUAGCGGCGGCAAGAGCGGUAACCAGAUGCUGUUGAACGUGGGCCGGCCGUAAACUGGUUUGUCACGAUGUCAAGGAGUGGAUGAAGUAGUGAAGAAAAAAAGGGCGACGCUGUACUAUAGACUUUGAAGGCAAGUCACCGCUUCAAUAAGUGUAAUCAUAGGGCAAUGAAUUCUGC